CAGGUUUACGAGUAGAAAACAGCGUGCUUUAGAAAUUUCAACUUUCGCGCUAACCAUCAUUAGUGUUUGAAAUAGAUUUUGGCACACGAUUCUUGUUAGUGAUAUUCUGAAUUUUUAUUCACGAACAUAUACAAAAUGAGAAGACCGUCCAGCCUGAUUGUACUGUGCUUGAUGUGUGCCGCUGCACUUCGAAGUUGUGUGGCCGUCAAAUUCGAAACAUUGCAAGAGUUACUGGGCUACCACGAGCAACAGCAGAACCCCGACUAUGAAACGACUGAUGAGAUGGUGGAGGAGGAGUUUCUCUCCUCGGUAACCACCCCAGCCAUGGUAACCCAUGAGUCACCUGAUGUGCUGCCCCAGGGCCACCAUCACUCUCAUCUGGUGGAGGAGGGGAGCGGACUGGAGUUUGACGAGACUGCUGUGCUCACUACGACUCCGGCAGCCACUACGGCAUUGGUACAGGAGACACAGGAGCCAACCACGACACGAAGAAUAACAACCUGCUGUCGGCUCGGAGAGGAAGCAGGCAGAAAGAGACAUCACUGUAACCCGGACAACUACUUGCCGAGGCUGUUAAGAGACCAGCAACGAGGACACAACUUCAAGCAGACCAACAAACACCCCAGCAAGAGCAGGACCCAAUUCGACAAGUGUGUCUCGGGUGUCAUCAGGAGACUGUCGGAUGAGUUCCGAACGUGCUGCGAAGAGGCCUACAAGAGGAUGUGGCAGACAGAAAGAGGGGAGGAUGUUCACCAAGGCGAUAGGACACAUCUUUUAGAGAUCCCAUUCUAAGAACAGUGGCACUUGAGGCCAGAAGCCUCGAAGCGUACACAUUUCUGUGUCCAAUAUUGUAUUGCCAUGUUGCUGGCAAGUGGAAUAUCUCUCGUCUUGCUCAGCAUGAAUGGAGCACAUGUCAGUUUUCUUCCUCCCGUGAAACAGAAAUAGCCAUACUUUAAAAUUUGUCCUUCACCCCACCAAAAUGUUGGUAUUUGGUGUGACCAUCUUCAAAACAACUUGCAGGUUAGGGUCAAGCGUGAGAUUCCCAAUUGAUCACUAAUUUCCAUAUAUGUCAACAUACAUGUAGUUGCCCAAAUGAAGAUGAUUUUUCGGAUGCCUCUUGAGCAAUCAGUGAAACAUUUUCAAUAUUUGUUAUCAUUGGGUUAAUUUGGAAUGAACUUUUGUGAAAAUGGUUGGAUUUCUUCUCUUUCAUGUUGUGCUUGCUCUUUCAGUAACCUACUAACAGUUGCCCUUGAGCGCUCUGCUACAGGUGUAGCUCUGCACUAGAACACUGUGUCCUGAUAAAUUUGACCACUUUCCCAGCCCACAAGUUGGACCCCCAUCAACAGCGGCACCAGAGAAAUGAUGUUUUGCCAAUCAGUAUUUCAUUUCAUAUAUUUCAAAGUCCUUUUUCUCCCAUUGCCAUAACAAAUUUUGUGUCAUCAAGGAAGGAACCCCUGAACAACUGCAUUGUAUUUCAAGUAAAGUUAUUGACUGAAAAACCCAACAGAAGAAGAAACUGACACAUUGCUAUAAGAGUGGGGUUGCCAUGGUUACAAGCCGCAUGUUGAUCUUCCCACACAUGGGAGAGCAAUUUUUUGAUGAAAUAGUUGCAGUUUUUUCAGCAUUAUAACAGGAAUAUGAAUUUUCUUAUCCGGCAUGUCGGGUAGAGAGAAGGACACACCAAAACCACAAAAUGUAGACACACUAAAAAAAUCUACUUAACUCUCUUGGAAUGUAUAGGAAAAUAUCAACCAUACUACUAAUCAAAGAUUGAUAAUGAUCGUCCUACGAAUGUUUCAAAUAAAUACCGUUUCAAAUACUUGUUUAUGUAAGCACACCAAAGUAUAUUUAUAUUAGAAGUAUAUUUUUCUUUCAUUUGAAUAUAUAUUUGAUAUUGUACAUAAACUCAGUUGAUGUUAAUCAUGCAUUUUGUUAUUUUGUGAAUAUAAAAAAGGUGAUAUUUCUUUUUUGAAAAAAGUAGUGUCCUGGGGGAAAUGACGUUAUUCCAAAAUAUAUUCCAAAUCUUUAUUUCUGCCUCUUAUCAAGGCGUGAAGAACAGCAAAUUUAACGUGAAAUUUGUUUACCGCAUUGAAAAAUUAGAGAUUUUUAAAUUUGAUUGUAAAAUUAAGAUGAUUUGACCACUUCACCUUACUUGUAUGGACCUGAAGUUUCCCCAUUUUUCAAAGUUGGUUUUUAUUGCAUUUCCUUGCCUCUGAGAAAAACACAUCCAUUAACAUGAUAACAAGAUUAAUUUCCCCAUAAGAUUAUCAAACAUGAGGACUGUACGAGAUUAUCUGCUUCUCCGAAUCUGCUUAGCCACCAGAUCAAAUAGGCCAGGAAUAUGAGGGGGGAGGCUAGUUAUCAUGGUAUGAUGCAUACAUCCCGGUUCAGUGAUUUGUUUGAGUUGAUGACAGCUGUCACUAAAUAUACCAAGCAAGGGAGGUAUCAUUACACGUGCCUGAUAGCUGUAGAGGUAUUGUAAUACUUAGAAGUGUUAAGAGGUAUUAAGUGUAUAAAACUUUGGGAUUGUAAGUUGGCUAUUACAAAAUAAGAGAUUACUAGCCACUGUAUGCAAGGAUUUCAUUGUAAAUAGUCGGAGGUAAUGUUGCAGCAAUGUACAAAUUGUAAAAAGUCCUGUCAAUGUAAGACAAACAGUUGUGGUCUCUAAUUAUGAAUUGUUCACUAACUGUGGGGGGGGGAAUGGAAAAUAGAAGUCAAUAUGAGAGAUUCUGAAAUCAACUACA